GCCCGCGUCUGCGCAUUUCCGCGUUUGCUUCUCGCCCGAUCCAGUCCGCCGUCGAGAUGGCUCUGCUCUUCCGAGGCUCCCGCGCCAGCCGCGCGGCACUUACGAGCGCAUCACGUCUGGCCAGCAGAUUUGGCCACGAGCGAUCCGCUGCUCGCUGCAUGAGCACACAACCGGCCCGUGCCGCACUGCUGUCCAGCGACCUGGCCACGGCCUCCACGAACGCCAAGCCGCCGCCUGAGCUGCAGCGUCUGCAGCUUAACGCGGCCAUACUGACGCAGCUGCAGACUCAGAUCCAGAGCCUUGGAAACGCCCCCGGCAGUCAACGCGACGCGUUCUACGUCGUGGACACGGCCGCUGUCGAGGAUCGCUUCAAGCUCUGGAACCAGUACCUGCCCGAGGUUCGGCCAUACUACGCCGUCAAGUGCAACCCGGAUCCGGCCCUUAUUGAAGGUCUGGCCCGCCUCGGAGCAGGAUUCGACUGCGCCAGCCAGACGGAGAUCAGCUCCGUGCUUGGCAACGGCGUCUCUGCUAGCGACAUUAUCUAUGCCAAUCCGUGCAAGCAAGGCUCCCAGAUUACCUACGCGCACGCAAAUGGCGUCGAUAUGAUGACGUUCGACUCGCAGGAGGAGCUUACUAAGAUCCACAGUAUCAACCCCAGCGCGAAGCUCGUGCUUCGUCUCUACGUGGACGACUCGAACUCCAUCUGCCGUCUCGGCACAAAGUUUGGCGCCAUGGUGCACGAUGUCCCGGACAUCUUGAACCACGCCAAGGCUCUAAAUCUCGACGUCGUGGGCGUCAGCUUCCACGUCGGGAGUGGCUGCUUCAAUGUCGAGGCCUAUUCGGACGCCGUGGCUCUCGCCCGCAAGGUGUUCGACAUUGGCCACUCACAAGGCUUCAACUUUAGCCUGCUAGACAUCGGUGGUGGGUUCCCCGGUACGGAAAAUGCCCCGAUCCGGUUCGAAGACUGCGCUCUUGAACUCAAAAAGUCGCUGGCCGUCCACUUCCCACGGAGUAGCAAUGUUAAAGUUAUCUCGGAGCCUGGCCGCUUCUUCGCCGCGUCCACCCACACACUGGCCGUCAACGUGAUCGGUCGUAAGGUGGCGCCCACUUUUGACAUCCCCGGUCAGCCGCCCGUGCUCGCCAGCGCUGCGGGACCAACACCCAACUAUAUGUAUUUUGUGAACGAUGGACUGUACGCCUCGUUCAACUGCAUGGUUUACGACCACCCGUCGAUCCAGCCUGUCAUCAUGUCGGAUACCGCCUCGCCAAGCGCCACCCAGAUGUUUAAGGCUAGUCUCUGGGGCCCGACGUGUGACGGCAUGGACUGCAUCAUGAAGGAAGUGGAGAUGCCGUUGAUGGACAUCGGGCAGUGGAUCCUGUUCCCGAGUAUGGGCGCCUACACGUGCGCUGCCGGCUCGGACUUUAACGGAUUCCAGCGCCCACAGAAAAUCUACUUCGACUCGAACUUCGUGGCGGACGACCAGCAGCAGUUUGUGCACUAG